UUGUGCACUUGACAGUUAAUAUUUUAUCGCCAAACUUGGCAGAAACAAACUAGGCAUCUACUUUACCGACUCUAUGCAAAUGUCAACGUCAAACGUCAACAAAAUAAUUUUUUUAAUUCGUAAAACCAUAAAUUAAACCAUGGAGCAGUUUUUUACUCUCCCGUUCGUAAUCCUCGAAGUGCCAAAUAUGAAAAUAAAGCGGCCCUCGUGGCUACAGCAGCCCUCCGCAAUGACAAUGUUUUCCGUAGUUUUAGCUUCGUAUUUUCUUGUAACUGGGGGUAUUAUUUAUGACGUAAUUGUGGAGCCCCCGAGUGUCGGCUCGACGACAGACGAACAUGGUCAUUCAAGGCCUGUCGCUUUUAUGCCGUAUAGAGUCAACGGUCAGUACAUAAUGGAAGGCCUGGCGUCUAGUUUCCUUUUUUCAAUGGGUGGUUUGGGUUUUAUAGUUUUGGACCACAUCCACUCUCCUUUAACACCGAAACUGAACAGGCUGUUGAUAACAGCAGUAGGGUUUAUUUGCGUUUUGGUGUCGUUUUUCACGACUUGGAUUUUUAUGAGGAUGAAAUUACCAGGCUACUUGCAGUCAUAAGUUUGUGAUGAUUUUAUUACUCUUAUAAGUUUGUAAAUCCUUAAACAAUAAAUAAAAUUGUUUACUUUG